AUGAAUACAUUGUUUUUUUCUGUGUUCAUUUUGCUCUUCCUUUUGUUCAUCCUUGCCUUUUUGUUCUUCACGAACGAGAUCAUCACAAAUGAAGAAAGCAGAACUGAAAAACGGUCAAAGGUCGUUCUGGAGAAAAUCGACGAUAACGGCGCCAUUAGUUCAUCGGAGCUAGCUAAACUCACUUCAGAUGCAGAGAUAGAAGCUGAAGAUUUUGAAGACGUCAACAAACGACCAUUUGAUUCAAUAUCUGGUAGUCAUGGAUUGUCAGGAUUUGCCAAACGCCCAUUUGAUUCGAUUUCUGGUAGUCAUGGGUUAUCAGGGUUUGCUAAACGUCCAUUUGAUUCUAUCUCAGGGAGUCAUGGUCUCAGCGGGUUUGCCAAGCGCCCCUUUGAUUCCAUCUCUGGAAGCCACGGACUUUCCGGCUUUGCCAAGCGCCCAUUUGAUUCCAUCUCGGGCAGCCAUGGUCUUUCUGGAUUCGCUAAACGCCCUUUUGAUUCCAUCUCUGGAAGUCACGGACUCAGUGGGUUUGCUAAGCGCCCCUUUGAUUCCAUCUCAGGAAGCCACGGUAUGUCCGGGUUUGCUAAAAGGCCUUUCGACUCAAUCUCUGGAAGUCACGGGCUCUCGGGGUUUGCCAAACGCCCAUUUGAUUCAAUAUCCGGAAGUCAUGGACUGAGUGGUUUCGCCAAACGCCCCUUUGAUUCAAUUUCAGGAAGUCACGGUUUGUCGGGGUUUGCCAAACGCCCGUUUGAUUCAAUUUCUGGGAGCCAUGGUAUGUCAGGGUUUGCCAAGCGCCCUUUCGAUUCUAUUUCCGGUAGCCAUGGUAUGUCAGGGUUUGCCAAGCGUCCAUUCGAUUCCAUUUCAGGGAGCCACGGUAUGUCAGGGUUCGCCAAGCGUCCAUUCGAUUCUAUUUCCGGCAGCCAUGGGAUGUCAGGGUUUGCCAAGCGCCCAUUUGAUUCUAUUUCAGGCAGCCAUGGUAUGUCGGGGUUUGCCAAGCGGCCUUUUGAUUCCAUUUCUGGGAGCCACGGAAUGUCAGGAUUCGCCAAAAGAGAAGACGAAAUAGAAGACGACCGAGCCUUUACAAUCACCGGGGAGGAAGAAGACGACGUAGUUGAAAAUUGA